CCUAUUGCUUUAUAAGUUCCAUUCAAAAUUAGCUUUUUUUCAACAAGCCAAAUAUAUUUUUCCAAUCCAAAUUCUAUCAAAUACAUCAAAUAAAAAAGAGCAUGCUUGUGUGGCAUUCACAAUUUUUAAAAUGUAGUCAAAUAUGUGUGUAUCAAAUGUAAGCCUAGACGAAAAUAUUUUUUGUCGGUAUCUAAUUUCAUAUACAAUAAGUGUAGGAUCCGCUCCACUCUCCCCCCCCCCCCCACACACACACACAAAAGUAACCUCAAUGAUUAUUUAUACAUCUAUUUUAUAAAAGUACCAAUUGGAGUCAAACUUGCUUUAAAGAAUAAUCAAAUGCUUCUAAUGGUUAUUUCGCUAAUAUUAAUCACAAUUCUGUUCAAAGUGGCAUUUAGUGAUCCUAUCACUUAUAUAGAAGUGGAAAAAUCACUAGAAAAAGUUUUAAAUUUUAUGAAUGAGAAUGUAUAUCAGUUCGGAUUUGACGGUUUUUUUGGAUUAACACUUGCUCAGUCACAAUUAGCCAAAAUAUUGGAUCUACCUAUUAGUCGAUAUAUUUAUUAUGAUGUAAAAUAUUUAAUAGAACAGUGUCAACGUAUACUUAUUAAAGCUCAACCGAUGCUACCAAAUGAUCCAUCGUAUAUGAUAACAUUUGCUAAUAAACUACUGGAUUUCCAAAAAUGGUCCCAAACGUUGCCAAAUAACAUUACUUUUGGAGAACUACCUAAUUUGGGGAUAUAUGUUAAUUGGUCACCUACGGAGAUUCUGAAAAAUAAGCGCGCUAUUUACAAAGGAGUAGAAACUAAUUUAUGUCUAAGGGAACUACUAGAACUAUCGACAGAUCAAAAUUGUUAUGUUAGCAGUAUUUGUAAAGAAAUGAUGCUAGAUACUUACCGAAUUGAUACAGGUUAUUUAUUGACACAUAGAUUGUUGUAUAUGCAAAUCAAAAGAUUACAAGGAUGUCUAAUCUCAGGAGAUUUAAUCAAAACAAAGGACUAUAUCAAGUUAUUCUGCUCUUAUAUUUUAAAGGAAGCCAAAACCAAUGAAUAUUUGAAGUUUCCUUAUCAUGACAUAUUUUUAGAGCAAGUUGUACUUUGUGGUAUUGAGGGAUAUGGAGAGUUUUUUAAAGAAAAAUGGUUAGAUGUAAUGCUAAAAUGGCAAAAUUCACAUGGUUGCUAUGAAAGUAUUCCUAUAUACAAAAUCAGAAAUAAAAGAACCAGCCAUACCAUAAAUUAUGGAUGUUCAGAUCAUGCGACAGGAUUAGGCGCUGCUGCUCUAGCUCUAUACUUUAAAUAUUUAUUUAUUCCAGUCUAACGAAAUUGUGAUUGUAUUAUGGUUAUAAUAACAUCAUUGAGAAAAUA